UUCGGUGAACUUUUUCUGUUUUUUGAAAGUUUUUUGAAAGCUUCGACUUCGAAUGUAGUGUUGAAAUUAGUUUUGAAAUUUUGAAUUCAUCACUUAUUAAAUUGAAAAUCCUGUCGGUUCGCCAUGGAGUCAUUAAACAAGCUAAUUCUCAAUAAUAAGAUAGUUGAUAUGAGACAUUCCGUUCGACAAUCCAGAAUUCAGGCGAUAAAUAAACUCGUAAAAGAAAUUAAAAAAUUGAGGGAUAAAAAAGGUACCGAUGAACAAAAGGCGAAGAAUGCAAGUAAAGCAGACAGAUACGUAGAGUGUAUACAGAUCAUGAAAAAAAUCAAGGAAGACGAUGUAUCCAAGUUCGCAUUGAUGAAUGAAAAGAGUCUCGCUCAAAUUACCAACAAUGUUAAUGAAACACCAGAAAUAAAAGCUAUAGCUCGUAUUUCUGAUCAUCGUCCGGUACACAGCAAAGUGAAAGCUUUCAGAGAAACGUAUCCUGAUUGGAAAGAAACUCUACCUCUUCUCUUCGACUCCUUAGGAGACAGAUAUCAAGAAAAAAAGAAGAAAAAACUCACUACUAAAAAUAAGACAAAAUCGAUCGAUAACAAGUCGAAAAGUACAUCAGAAAAUCCGAAAAAGACUGCAAAAGUUACCUAUAUCGAAAAUAAGCUGGGAACUUGGCGAGUUGAGGAAAUAGUACCAUCGAAAGAGAAAACCAACAAUAGCAACAAAUUCGAUCGUGAUAAUUUCAAUGAAAAGAAAGACCAUGUUACGAAUAAUCCUUGCAAUGAUGGAAUUGAACUUCCUCAAAAAAAAGAGAAAAUUAAAAAAGAUAAGAGUCUCGGAAAAGUGAAAAAUAGUGAUGCUGACAAAGUGAGCCGAAAGGAAUUCGUUGAAGAUGAGACUGUUAUAAAAUUAUCUAAAGAAAAUGAAAACCCCAUUAUUGAAGAAAAAAUUACCAGGACCGUUGAUCCAUUUUUCGUUACGAAGGAUAAUAUUAAAAAAGAUAAAAGUCACAGCAAAGUGAAAAAUAGCGAAGCUGGCGAAGUGAGCCAAAAGAAAUUCGUUGAAGAUGAGACUGUUAUAAAAUUAUCUAAAGAAAAUGAAAACCCCAUUAUUGAAGAAAAAAUUACCAGGACUGUUGAUCCAUUUUUCGUUACGAAGGAUAAUAAAGAAUAUUUAAGCGUUAGCAUUGCUAAUAAUACGUCAAAUAUUGAAGAAAAGAAACCAGAUUUUCCUUCAAAAAAAUUCAAGAAUGACUUUUCUGAGUCGAAGACUCGAGAAAAAAAUAAUCGGAAACGGUCUAGAGUUGAUGUUCCUGAGAAAUAUUCAAAAAUAGAAACGAAGGAAGAAACGUUACAUCCAUCGUGGGAAGCAAAACGCAAACAAUCUAGUAUAACUAAAUUUCAGGGCAAAAAGAUCACAUUUGAUGAUUGAAAUAUUGUUAUAACGAUGAUAUGGGAUGGUUUUCAUUUCAGAUUCAUUACGUUUUUUUAAUUAUAACUAAGUAACGUCAGCUUGUGUUCUUUUUUUAAAUAAAAAUCAUUUUGAAAGGUUGAAA